GGAAGCGGCGCUGAGGGCCUGCCCGCCAUGGAGGCGCCGCGGCCGGUGCUGCUGCUCCUGGCGCUCCUGGGGCUCCUGCUGCUCCUGAGGCUCCGCGCGGCGGCAGAAACCUCGCAAACGCAUACCGGCCAAUCUUCCGCAGUGCCUGAGGCAGCCGAGACAGCUGGAGCGGAUGACGACCAGGACCACAGGAGCCUGUUCACAGAUAACAGAGGCGAGAAGGAUAAAUCCAGCAAUGGCGACUUCCAAACAGACCUGAGCGAUGGGACCAGGGUGGAUGAUGAGCAGAAGACAAACGAGGAGCAGAACGACGACAUUCUGAUUGGAAAUGGCAGUAAUGAGGAGGAGAGGGAAAACGAGGGUGGCCAAGGUGCAAAUGAGAUUGGAGAAAGCGGCAAUGCAGGAGGCAGGGGACAGAGAGAUGAAGACCAGAACAGCAGCAAUGGUAACACAGGCAGUGAUGACCAGGGUGUUGCAGGGACCAACACUGGUGGCCAGAGCAACCCAGGCAGUGGCACUAGUGGCCAAGGCAGUACGACCAACACUGGUGGCCAGGACGGUGCAGGGACCAGUACUGGUGGCCAGGGUGGUGCAGGGACUAACACUGGUGGCCAGGGUGGUGCAGGGACCAGCACUGGUGGCCAGAGCAGCCCAGGCAGUGGCACUAGUGGCCAAGGCAGUACGACCAACACUGGUGGCCAGGACGGUACAGGGACCAGCACUGGUGGCCAGGGCAACCCAAGCAGUGGCACUGGUGACCAAGGCAGUACAGACACUGGCACUGGUGGCAAGACUGACAGCCACAACAACAAUGAGCAGAGCACAGAGCAGGAGGGCAGUGUCAACAAGAACAGCCAGGAUGGCAGCCAGGCAGGCAGCCCUGGGAAGGGGGGCACCAAGGAGAACAGCAGUGAGAAAAACAACCCUGGUACUGGGAAGAGCGGUGGCGACAAGGACAGUGGAAACACAAAUGGCAGCAGCACUCAGGACAGCACCAACAAUGACCAGGGCAGCAGUGACAAGAGCAGGGCUGGCACCCAGGGCAGCGAGGCCAGCAAUGGGCACAUAAACGGGGUCACCAGCCAAGGCAGCAGUGGUGGGCAACAGGCCCAGACUGAGACCCAGGGCAGUGCUGGUGAGAGCCAGGGUACUGCUGGUGGCGAGCAGCCUCAGGGCCAGGACAAUGUAGAGAACUCCCAGGAGGACCAAAGCCCUGGGGCACACUCCACUGUGGAGGAAAACGAAGAAAACACCGCAGAGGAUGUGGCUGACGCUGAGGAGGGCAGGGACACCUCCUCAGAUCAGGACAGAGGGAAGAGUGUUCCCUCCCUGCCCAGGGCCCGCUCGGAGAGCAGCCAUUUCUUUGCCUACCUGGUGACCACAGCCAUCAUCGUCGCAGCCCUGUACGUGGCCUACCACAACAAACGCAAGAUUAUUGCUUUUGCUCUGGAAGGAAAAAGAUCGAAAACUGGUCGACGGCCCAAAUCUGGUGAUUAUCAGAGACUGGAUCAAAAGAUCUAGAUUCCUCCUCAGAUGAUGACGGCCACUGAUGGGAGUGCAGUGUUGCCACAGUUGGAUUUCAGUCCACGGCAAGGAGGGGAAACGCUUUUUGUUUUGCACCUGCACCUUGAUAAAACCUCCCACUUCCCUAAAUUGCUCCUUUCCCAGCUGCCUUGUUUUUCCCCUGGGCAACUGGCUGCUGGAAAAGCCAGUCCCAGAACUGCACAUCCAGAACUUCUGUGUCCCAAUGCAAUGGAAUUUGCCAUCUGCUGGACUGACCCCUCCUUUUGGGGGGGGAAAUUAAGGUUCUGCUGCACAAUGAGCCAUGGGACUGUCCCUUGCCUGGGAACAAAGCUGCCUUGGUCUCCCCCUCCUUCUGCUCCAUCUGUUGGAAUUGGAUACUCAGAUUGGGAGCAUGUGAGUUCUCUUGUGCUUGUUUGGAAUUGACCCACCACAGAUUUGGAUUUGGGUUUUCUCUCCCUGGUCAAUUUUCCUGUUCCACACCCAGAUUUCCUUGUUCACGCACGCCUUUGGCCAUGCUGAAGCAGUUUUUGCAGUGUAGCUCAAACUCUUCAUGCUCUCUUUUCCCUGCCAGUCCUCCCAGUUCAACUGUUUGCACUGGGGGUGUUGGUUGUGGUGUGGUGCUGUGGAGAAGGGGGUCAGGCUGGGAAAGCACUAUGCCCUGUUGGGGUCAGGACUUCAGAUGGGAAGAUUGCUUCCUCCCCCUUGUCAAGUGUAGGAAAGAAGGAAUGUAAAUCCCUGAGGAGUUUGGGAUGAGUGAAGCUCCCAGUCCCUCCAGUUGUGUUGGACUGGUACUGGUCAGACCAAGGGCUGCCAAGGGCAUUGGUGCCACAGUUACACCUGUGAGGUGGUUUUUAUUCCUGUAGUUCCCUCCCCAGAGGUUUGUUCAAGCUGGCAUGUUACUGGAGAGAGGGCACAAAGUACCUGCUUGGCUCCUGCUUUGGAUUUUCCCAGGACAGACAAAAAAAUAAGAUUUGAGGAACCCAGAGCUCCUCACAUGGGCACCCAACUGUGCCACAUCAGGUGCCAGGCAUGUGCCAGUCCCACACUUGCCGACUGACUGCAUGGGAAGAAUCCCAGGAUGGUUAAAUUCCCUCCUGUCAGGCUUUUCUCUGGGCUUCCCAGGCUUGGGAACAAUCAGCUCCUUGCCCUGUGGUUACCUUGGACAAGGGCAGAGCCAUUUUCUGGUCACUGUGAAAGCUGCAGCUCUAGUUUUUAUUUCCUAACAGUUCAUUCUAAGAGGAAAAAGAGGGCUUGACCUUCUCCAAACCCUAAAAUCGUCCUUUCCCCUUUUUGCUGGCUCUUGGCAAGCACAAGGAGCAUGAGAAUCCCUCUUGGCUUUAAAGAGGUCUCAGAGUUUCCCGAGGAAACAUCUAGGAUGCUAAAAGGAGUUCCAGGAGUUGUUUUGAAGAACAGCAGGGAAGGGAAAGGGAAACAGGGCUGGGAAUGUAACUCUAGGAGAAAAGGAUGGGAACAUCCUGCGCCAAAGCACCCUGUUCCAGAGCUCCUGUGGGAUCAGCCAGGCUGGGGGGGCUGCUUUAGGGCAGAGUCGGGGAGGGGGUCACUGCUUUUGGCUGAUGGCAGCAGGGAGACAAACCCAGUUCCAGUGUGUGGAAUUUCGUGUGCUCCUGGGCUGCUCCAGCCAGGCUUUUUGGAGUGUGUGAGCUUUUUGGAGUGUGAGUGCUCUCUGCUUCCUUUGUCCUGUUGGUUUGUUUUUGGUUUUUUUUUUAAUUGAAUGGUAAUUUAGAUCUUUUUUUUUUUCCUGCUUAUUUUUCUAUCCUGGGAGCUGUUUCAAAUCCUCUCUUGCUCCAAGCUGUGGGAAUUCCACCCUGCUGCCAUCAGGGGAGGGAAUAUUUUGGACCUCAAACACCUCGAUCCCAGGCUGAGCCAAGCACAAGCUCCUUAGGGUAAUGAGGACACACCUCACAGCUCUGGGAAGCACUGGGUGUGGGGAGAGGCAGAUCUCACACCAGGCUGAACUGGGGGCUUUUCCCCCCAAAAUCUCCCUGCCAGCUCUUCCUGAGGCUGCUGUAUUCUACCAACAGUCCAGGCUGCCCCAGAGCUCUGGGAAUUGCCCCCAGUUUGCUGAGUUUAUGGUGUCCAUGUGACGUGUCCCAAAGGGUCAGGGUGCGAGAACCUUUCCCUUUGGACGCAUGUUUUCCAUGGAUGGUGUCUCUUGGUACAGAGGGUUUUUUUGCCAAAUUCUCCUACUUUUUUGGGCUUGAACCAGCACAUGAUUGUUUUCUGCUGCAAUGAAACGCACCUUGCUUGGAAGGAUCAGAAUUUUUUACAGUUCUUUGUACUGUUUUUUUAUUUUCUGUGUGGUGAAAUCAGUAAAUGGAUUUAAAAAGACC